AUCCAUUCAUGAUAAAAACUCUUUAAAAAAUGGGUAUAGAGAGCAAGUACCUCAACAUGAUAAAGGCCCCAUAUGACAAACCCACAGCCAACAUCAUACUUAACAGUGAAAAACUGAAAGCUUUUCCUCUAAGAUUGGGAGUAAGACAAGAAUGCCCACUCUCACCACUUUUAUUCAACAUAGUUCUGGAGGUCCUAGCCAUGGUAAUCAGAUAAAAGGCAUCCAGACUGGUAAGGAAGAAGUCAAACUGUUUGCAGAUGACAUGAUAGUGUACAUAAAAAUCCCUAAAGAAUCCACCCCAAAACUACUAGAACUAAUGACUGAAUUCAGCAAAGGUGCAGGAUAUAAAAUUAAUACACAGAAAUCUGCUGUAUUUCUAUAUACUAACACAAACUAGCAGAAAAAGAAAUCAGGAAAAUAACUCCGUUUACAAUUGCAUCAAAAAUAAUAAAAUAUGUAGGAAUAAACCUAACCAAGGAGGUGAAAGACCUUUGCUCUAAAACUACAAGACACUCAUAAGAGAAAGAGGACACCAAUAAAUGGAAACACAUCCCGUGCUCAUGGAUAGGAAGAAUUAAUAUUGUCAAAAUGGCCAUCCUGCCUAAAGCAAUCUACAGAUUCAGUGCAAUCCCUAUCAAAAUACCUAGAGCAUUCUUUAAUGAACUCGAGCAAAUAGUUCUAAAAUUCAUAUGGAACCAUAAAAGACCUCGAAUAGCCAAAGCAAUGCUGAGAAGGAAGAAUAAAGCUGGGGGGAUUGUGCUCCCCAACUUCAAGCUCUACUACAAAGCCACAGUAAUCAAGACAAUUUGGUACUAGCACAAGAACAGAGGCACAGAUCAAUGGAACAGACUAGAGAAUCCAGAUAUAAACCCACACAUAUAUGGCCAAUUAAUACAUGAUAAAGGAGCCAUGGACAUACAAUGGGGAAAUGACAGCCUCUUCAACAGCUGGUGCUGGCAAAACUGGACACUACAUGCAAGAGAAUGAAACUAGACAAAAGUAAACUUGAAAUGAAUCAAAGACCUGAAUGCGAGUCAUGAAACCAUAAAACUCAUAGAAGAAAACACAGCCAAAAAUCUCUUGAAAAUAAGCGUGAGCGACAGCCUCUUCAACAGCUGGUGUUGGCAAAACUGGACAGCUACAUGUAAGAGAAUGAAACUGGAUCACUGUCUAACCCUGUACACAAAAGUAAACUCAAAAUGGAUCAAAGACUUGAAUGUAAGUCAUGAAACCAUAAAACUCUUAGAAAAAAAUAUAGGCAAAAAUCUCUUGGACAUAAAUAUGAGCAACUUCUUCAUGAACAUAUCUCCCUGGGCAAGGGAAACAAAAGCGAAAAUGAACAAGUGGGAUGAUAUCAAACUAAAAAGCUUCUAUACAGCAAAGGACACCAUCAGUAGAACAAAAAGACAUCCUACAGUAUGGGAGAAUAUAUUCAUAAAUGACUCAUCUGAUAAGGGGUUAACAUAAAAAAUAUAUAAAGAACUCAUAUGCCUCAGCAACCAAAAAACAAAUAACCAGCUUAAGAAAUGGGAGGAGGAACUGAACAGACACUUCUCCAAAGAAGAAAUCUGGAUGGCAAAAGGCACAUGAAAAGAUGUUCCACAUCACUAAUUAUCAGGGAAAUGCAAAUUAAAACCGCAAUGAGAUAUCACCUCACAGCAGUUAGGAUGGAUCCAAAAGACAAGAAACAACAAAUGCUGGUGAGGAUGAGGAAAAAGGGGAACCCUCCUACACUGCUGGUGGGAAUGUAAAUUGAUGCAACCAUUGUGUAAAGCAAUAUGGCAGUUCCUCAAAAACAUUAAAAAUAGAAAUAGCACUUAAUCCAGUAACUCCACUCCUAGGAAUUCACCUGGAGAAAACAAUGUCCCUGAUUAAAAAAGACAGAUGCACCCCUAUGUUUAUCACCACACUAUUUGCAAUAGCCAAGAUAUGCAAGCAACCUAAGUGUCCAUCAGUAGAUGAAUGGAUAAAGAAGAUGUGGUACAUAUACACAAUGGAAUAUUAUUCAGCCAUAAGAAGAAAACAAAUCCUACAAUUUGCAACAACAUGGAUGGAGCUAGAGGGUAUUAUGCUGAGUGAAAUAAGUCAGACAGAGAAAGACAAGUACCAUAUGAUUUCAUUUACAUGUGGAAUCUAAAAAACAAAAACACUGACACCAAGCUCAUAGGUACAGAGAAUAGAUUGGUGGUUCCAAGAUAGAGGGGAUAGAGAAUGGGUGGAAUAGGUGAACUGUUUUUUUUUCAGUUUAACUAAAUUGAAUUAAAAAACCCACAUAUACUGAUUAUUAUCCUGAUGAUUGGAAAAUGCUGAUGAAAGAAAAAAUUUUAAAAACCUAAAUCCUAAACAAAUGGAGAAGAGAAAUUGUGUUCAUGGAUUGGAAGACUCAAAAUUGUAAAGAUACCAAUUCUCCCCAGUGUGAUUACAGAUUUAACAUAAUGCCAAUAAAAUUUUCAGGAGGAUUUUUGUAGGUUUAGAGGGGCUGACUAUACAGUUCUGAGAAGAGGAGUGAAGCUGGGGGACUCACACUGCAGCACUGAGACCUACUGUGUGGCCAUGGCUUUCACGACAGAGUCAGGCUAAUAGGCCCAGGAGAGGGCGCAGAACUAGACCCACACAGACGAGGCCGUUUGCACAAAAGUGCAGAGGAACUCACAGAGAAAGGGUGGGCUCUUCAACAAACCGCUGUCGGUCAUCCACACACCAAGGAAAUGAACCCUGGCUACAAAGAUCAAGGUCUAAGUGUACAUCAUGACACUUUUAGGAGAAAGAAAUUUUCGUGACCUGGGGCUAGGCACAAAGUUCUUAGUAAUGUGUGAACAGCACCAUCCCAAAAAGCAAGCCGAUAAAUCAGAUUUCAUCAAGAAUUUAAAGUUUUGCUCUGUGAGAUACACUGUUAAGACAACGAAAAGACAAGCUAAACCUCGGAGAAGGCAUUGCAAACUGCGCCCAUGUGACAAAGGACUGGCUCUAGAAGGUACAAGGAAUUCCCUAAACAGGAAGAAGUCAAACAAUCCAGUUUUAAAAGGGGCAAAGGACAGGACGCCUCAGCAGAGAGGGUGUCUGUAUGCAGAUGAGGACAUAGAAAAGUGUCUGACAUGGGCCAUCGGUGCAGAUCAACCUCAGGGAGUCUUCACUUCACACCUGUCAGAUGGCUACAACUUAAGGUGACAUCAAACGAUGGGAAGGAUACAAAGGCUGAAGCUCUCACUCUAGAAAACAGUUGGCAAUUUCAGCCACACAGCCCAGCAGCCUGUCUUCUGGUGAGAAAUGUGAGCCCAGGUCCACACAGACUUGUGCAUGAAUGUCCACAGCCACAUUCACAGCCCCACGGGGACUCUGCAGGUCCCUCCGGCAGGGGAGCGAUAAGCAAUUGCCGCCCAUCCACCCAGCUGGCCUCCAGGUAAGCACAGAGGAAGGACAGUCAGGCCUCCGCCUCCCUGAGGGGAAGGAGCCAGGCUUAGCCCAUCCCUGUCUGGGGACAGCCGGGGCAGGGCAUGACCACAGAGGGCCUGGGAGUGGGUGCUGCCUGGUUCUGAAUGCAAGGGUGCUCACGAGAACCUAGACACGUGCACAAAAAUGGGGCAAUUUCACUGUGUGCUUAGAAACAACCAGGCAACAGCCAAGAGAGGCUCCUCCCGCCUCCGGUCAGACUGGACUGGAGGCUGGCGGGGCCUCCCGGUGUCGCUCUGUCUGAGCUCCCAGCCUCAGGCGCUCUCUGGUCACCUGAUGCUGACCAGCCCUUAAUCUGAGCCCUGGCACCCACCCCAGCUUCCAGCUGGGGGAGGGUGGGGUCAGAGGACAAAGUCUGAGCAGCCUCCAGGGAGGGGCUGGGGCCACCUGGGCAGGUCACCAAAGAGGGUGGGUGAGCUGGGGGCAACUGUGGGCAGCAAGUGGAGGGGAUGACCCUGGGUGGGCACAGCCCUUGAGGAACCCUGGCCCAGCCACACUGAGUCUCUGCUGGCUGGCCUGUGAACUGGAGGUGGAUGGCACCAGCCCAAAGCACACCUGCUCCCAGGUCAGUCGCCUCCCUGGCUGAGGGCCCAGGUCCAGGUGGGCGGUAACGAGGCGGGACGGCAGCCGGCAGUGCCUGAGGGGCGACAGUCUGGCUUCCACCUGCUGCAGCUGCUCAUCUGCCAGCCCAGGUACGGGGUCUGUCCUGGUCUGGGGGGCUGACCAGUCCUGAAGGGGCUAUUCUGAGAGGGGGGUGUACCCACCCUCUUUGCCGGAUCACUGGGAGUCAGGCUGGGAGGGUCUCAGGUUGCCUCGUCCCCUGGAGGGGGUUCCUGGUGUCCUUGGCCUCUGCCUGUCACCUGUUUUUUUUUGAUGUAGCCUGUGGUCUGGGUGCUGGCUGGGGACACUGGCUGGGCCUGUGGCCUGACUGCAGGUCAAGCAGGUCACCUAUCCUCUCUGAGCCUCUGUCUUCCCUCCUUAAAAUGGGAUCCAACCGGCCUGUCCCGUCUGUGGGGCCAGGAGCCAGGCAAGGGCAGCGCACACCCCUCUGCCUUGCUCAGUCUGGACGAGACGUCGGCAAUGUUUGCCUUCUUGCGGGAAACACAGGACGACCCAAACCCGCCAGAGGCCUCUGAGGGCUGCUCCCGCUGAGCCGAGGUGCCGGCGGGGCCGCGGCUCCCGAUGACCAGUGUGCAGGGCCUGGCUCGGGACCCCUGGGGCCAGGAGCGGGCCUGCAGGGGCCGUGCCACUGGGCUGGGCACUGUGGCCUUGUGCAAACAGCAUUCUUGGGUUGCCCCGACCAGCUGCUGAGGGCCUCUGGGACCAAGUAAAAAGUUUCAAAAUCUGAUUAGAGAAACCCAAGGUCAGGUUUUCAAAUAGAAACCAGAUGUCUUUGUUAAGAACUUCUGGCCUCAAGUUCCUUUAAUCAAGAAGACGUGCUUCCCAGGACCCAGCUGACCUCAUUCGCAGGGUUACACACGGAGCCCAGGCAGUCACCUGUGCCACCUGGCUCAGGACCAACCCCACGGCUCACAGAGAAAACCCUGCCCUAGGAGAGGCCUGGUGUAGGGGCUGCCAACAGGGGGCAGGUGGGUGGGAGAGGGGGCCCUUGGUGCCCCGAGCUCCGUCUGGAGUGCACCUGCACAGCUGGGCCUCCUCCUCCUAUGGGGAGGCUGGGGAGAAAGCAGGGGUCCUGGGAGGGUGAAGAGAGGGGCUGUCCAGGUAGCAUCAUGGGGGUAGUAGCUGCCCUGGUCCCUCCUGUGGCAUUAGAAGGGGCUCUCCCGGACCCUGCGAGCGCUGUGUCAGCAGACAGGGCCCCUCUGAUGCCCGGGCCCCCUGGGCAGCCCACUCCUGUGGCCCCUGCUCCAGCCAAGGGGUACUGUCUGAGCCCCAGGGAGGUCGGAGUGGCUCUCCAGGGCAGCAGCAUCUGCAGCAAGUGGAGGGUGCCCACUGCUGCCCACCCGCCCCAGGGCCAGCCCUGCCGGCACCAUGGGGCUGACCUGCAAGCGGCGCGUCCUGACCGGCCUGCUGGGCGCUGCAGUGGCCUCAGGCCUCACCACACUCAUCCUCUUCCUGGUGGAGGCCACUGAUGUCCUCCUGCCUGCAGACUCCAAGUUUGGGAUCGUGUUCGACGCCGGGUCCUCCCACACAUCUGUCUUUGUGUAUCGGUGGCCAGCAGACAAGGAGAAUGACACAGGCGUGGUCAGCCAGGCCUCGGCCUGCCAGGUGAAAGAGGCCGGUGAAAGCCUGCAGGGCUGCCUGGAGGAGGCACUGGCACUGAUCCCAGAGGCCCGGCGCCCAGAAACGCCCAUGUUCCUGGGGGCCACAGCUGGCAUGAGGCUGCUCAGCCGGAAGAACAGCUCUCAGGCGGAGGACAUCUUUGCGGUGGUCAGCCGGGUCCUGGGCCAGUCUCCCGUGGACUUCCGGGGCGCUGAGCUCCUGGCCGGACAGGAUGAAGGUGCCUUGGGUUGGAUCACCAUCAACUACGUCCUGGGCAUGCUGGUGAAGUAUUCCUUCUCUGGAGAAUGGAUCCAGCCUCAGGAGGGGACGCCGGUGGGCGCCCUGGACAUGGGUGGGGCCUCCACCCAGAUCACCUUUGUGCCCGGAGGCCCCAUACUGGACAAGAGCACCCAGGCCACCUUCCGCCUCUAUGGCACGGAGCACAGCGUCUACACCCACAGUUACCUCUGCUUUGGGCGAGACCAGGUGCUGGGCAGGCUCCUGGCUGGGCUGGUGCAGAGCAGCCGGGCCCCCGUCAUCCGUCACCCAUGCUACCACAGCGGCUAUCGAGGCUCCCUGGCCCCGGCCCCCCUGUACGAGUCACCCUGUGUCCACAUCGCAGCCCCCCCAGACCUCACCAGGAACCUCACUGUGGAAGGGACAGGGAACCCUUGGGCCUGUGUCGCGGCCCUUAGGCGCCUCUUCAACUUCUCCAGCUGUGUGGGCCGAGCACACUGUGCCUUCAAUGGGGUCUACCAGCCCCCCGUGCAGGGCCGGUUCUAUGCCUUCUCCAAUUUCUACUAUACUUUCCACUUCCUGAACCUCACCUCCAGGCAACCGCUGGCCGCCGUCAACGCCACAAUCUGGGAGUUCUGCCGGAGACCAUGGAAGCUGGUGGAGGCGAGCUUCCCAGGGCAGGACCACUGGCUCCGUGACUACUGUGCCUCCGGCCUGUACAUCCUCACACUCCUGCUCGAGGGCUUUGGGUUCAGUGAGGAGACCUGGCCUGACCUUGAGUUCCGCAAGCAGGCUGGGGGCACCGACAUCGGCUGGACGCUAGGCUACAUGCUGAACUUGACCAACAUGAUCCCGGCGGAGGCGCCUGCCCUGUGGCGGGCAGAAAGCUACAGGGUCUGGGUAGCUGGCGUCGUCUUUGUGGUGCUGACCCUUGUGACCAUUCUCGGGGCUGCUGCGGUCCAGCUCUUCUGGCCCCAGGACUAAGCCAGGCUGCCACCUGAUGUGAGAAGGCCGAGGACCAGCUCCCACAGCUGGGGUGGCCACCCCAGCUUGAGCCCUGGCCUUCCUGAGCCCCUGACUCCGGUGGGGCCUCCUUGUCCUGGGGGCUCGGGCCCCACAGUCAGGGUCCUUCUGGCCAUGGAGGUUUGCUGUGCACCCCCUGCCCCCAACCACAGCCUCCCCAUCCCAGCACUGCUGGGUCACCCUCUCCCCCAUACUUCCCAGGACAUUGGGUGCCUUUCUGCGCAAACACCAGGCCACAAGACCCCUGUGGCAUUCUGUUCUGGGGCUGUGUGGCCUGCAGUCCCAGUGGGCCCUGGGGCCAGGACGAGCCUGGGAUAGAGUGACCUCUGGAGCAGGUGGGGGCUAGCUUCCCAGGAGGGGCUGGCAGUGGGGCCCAGCCUCAUGGGGAAGCCAGGAGUCGGCCUCUGCCUGGGUCCCUGGUGUCAUGGGUCUGAGGGGCAGUGUCCAGGCUCUGCACGCCUCUCCUGGGCGGCCACACCCCACACCCACAGAAGCCUGUCAGGCCCUCUCCACAGCCAAGCCCCAAAUGUGCAGCACAGCAUGGUGCGGAUGGGUGGCUUUAUUAAAACAUUCCUUGCCGUG